AUGGCCAGGCCGAGCUUUGGUAAUAGUGCUAAGGAGGCAGUCUUUGUUCCUAGCAUUGAGAUGUUUCAAGAUGCCGUCGUUAUCAAAGGCUAUGAUUUUAACAAAGGAGUCAACCUCCGUGCCUUACUAGAGUCGUACGCACGAUGCGGAUUUCAAGCUACCAAGUUCGGUCACGCAGUCAGAGAGAUAGACCGCAUGCUUGAUGCUAAAGAAAUGCUUCUCAGCGAGGAGAAACAAGAAUCUGCACGACUAUUACAAAAUGCAGGAGACAAACCUCUUUCUAAUUGUACGAUUUUCCUUGGCUACACGUCGAACAUGAUAACAUCAGGCAUUCGAGAAACACUACGGUUUUUAACAGAGCACAACGUGGUUGACUGUAUUGUGACAACAACGGGUGGUAUUGAGGAAGAUCUCAUCAAGUGCAUGGGUUCAUUCUACGUUGGAGAAUUUACAAUGGAAGGCUCGGCACUGAGAGAACAAGGAAUCAAUCGGACAGGCAACAUUCUGGUUCCCAAUGUAAAUUACUGUAAGUUUGAGGAAUGGGUACAUCCGAUUCUGGAUAGAAUGUUAGAAGAACAAACUCAACAGGCUGUAAGUUGGACUCCAUCGAAAUUCAUCGCUCAUUUGGGCAAAGAAAUUGAUCAUGAAGAUUCUGUGUAUUAUUGGGCAUACAAGAAUAACAUUCCAGUAUUCUGUCCCGCAUUGACUGAUGGGGCAAUUGGAGACUGCAUCUUCUUUCACAGCAUCAAGAAUCCUGGUCUCAAAGUAGAUAUGGUGGAAGACAUCUGUCGCAUUAAUACUUUGGCAAUGCGUGCAGCGCACACAGGGAUGAUCGUUUUGGGAGCUGGUGUAGUCAAGCAUCAUAUUUAUAAUGCCAAUCUAAUGAGAAAUGGAGCUGAUUUUGCAGUGAAUAUCAACACUGCUCAAGAAUUUGAUGGCAGCGAUGCAGGUGCACGCCCGGAUGAGGCUGUUUCCUGGGGGAAGAUCAAGAAAACAGCAUCUCCAGUCAAAGUUUGUGCUGACGCUUCUCUCGUAUUUCCAUUAAUCGUGGCAGAGACAUUUGCAAAACGUCAUUGGGACUGUAAAGCUUUAGUUCAAUCAUAAUAUUGAUGUAACUAAAUUGGUUCGAAUCAGUCUUUUCUGUCAAUGCUUAGGAUUAUCAGUUUGUAAACAAUAAAGCAUUCGAUGCUUCUUAAUGCCAGUGUUGAACCGGGUACGCAGAUAUAUUACAAUGAUGUUUAACGAAGUUACAGAUACAGUUGUGCUCGAAAGUUUGUGAACCCCAGGUUAAU